AUGCUCUCAAACUCAACCUCUCCACCCCCCCCCCCCAGCCGAGAAAAGUCACCUCUUGACACACGGCACUCUCGAGAUUAUAAGAAGCGGUCUCCCCACAAACACAGACACAUGUCGCCCACGAGAUUUCCCAAAAUGAACAAGGAACCGGCUGCCCCUCCCGUGCCCACGAGACCCACAGCCGUGGCUGCUCCCGUCAAACACAUCGCUGUCACAUUCGAACACAGCUCGAGAAUGGUUUAUGGCAAUUGCAAACCCACCCCCAACGUGAAAGUCUUUCCCGAGUCUGAGCUCUGCUUCACCCGCCGAGAGGAUAUUGACGAGUUUUACCAAAAGUACUUUGCAGACAAGUCGUUCAGCUCCAUUAAAAACCAGAAACUGGAGGUCUCCACUUCGCCUCAUCAUCUCGGCUACCAGAAAGACACUCUGCCCUUUACUGCCAUUUUGUCAACCGACCUGCAUCCACGAAUGAAGAAUGCGCAAGCCUGGUUUAUCAUGGCCAGUUCUGACCUAGAUAAAAGUACAAGUACUGUGGAGAUUCAGGAGGUGCAGCGAAUGAUUGCCGGACUCCGACGAGACCUCGAGAACGAAAAGAUUGCAAAUGCUGCCCUCAUUAAGGAAGUCAAGUCCAGAGCUGCCAGAAAGGCCGAAAAGAUUGCUUCCGCGAAGGUCGAGGAGCUGACCAAGACCCAUAUUGAAGAGCUGGAAAAGACUCUUAUGGCCUCAGUCAACCUGCAGCUGGACAAGCUCUCUGAGGACCGAAAGUCCUCCAAGACCUCCCAAAAGACAACCCAAUGUGACUCUUCUACUUCCCCCUCCUCCAGCUCCUGCUCCAUGUCCUUCAAGCUGGCUGAUGUCGGUGUCUAUCCUCUGACUGACGGAUCUGGUCAGGCGCGAAUCGUCGGCAAGCUGCCCGCCCAUGUUGGAGCUAUGCUUUUGGCUCUCGACAAGCUGCCCGAGAUUAGAAACAUCAACGGCACUGUUGCAGCCGUCAAGAACACUGGCUCGUGUCUGGAACUGAUGGCUCAAAUCAAGUUCUCCCAAUGGUCCAAUGAGUGGCUGUGUUCUUGGGGAGACAACGUCAAGGUCGCACCUAAGUUUGCCGUCGAGUCGUCCGUUUCCAAGUGCCCUCAGCCCUCUCUCAUUACCACUCUGUCUGAGGCUAAUCCUACAGAGACCUCCCAGUGCCGAGUCCCCUUGAGCCGAUCUAUUUCCUCCAACUCCACCUCCUCAACCAAGUCCACUACUUACACCCCCACCUGCGCGGUUCCUCUGGCCUCUCGGCUCUCCAAGACCUCCCCUACCAACCCCCCUCGAGCCUUCCCUGUUCCCGUCUCCGCUCCUCUGUGCCAGGUGCCUCUCUCUCGUCCUUCUGUUGUUUCUCCUCGAAUUGGCUGCUUCAAGGAAGUGCCACCGGGACUCUCUGGCGCUCAGGAGGAGAUCCCUUGGACCAUCAAGGUUGAUACUCCUUCUGCCAAGCCAGAUCCUCACCCUGUCUCCGAGUCUGAUGCUUUUGUGUGUGACUACUGCCUAGAACCUAUCAGCGAGGCCCGAUUCCACUGCCAGUCCUGUGUUGAUUUCGACGUUUGUUCCUCUUGUUACCCCUCUCGAGCCAAGAGCCACGCCCAGAAGCAUGGCUUUGUGCAGCUCGACGUCAAGACCGGUAUUCCCAUUGAUACUGAAACAUCUGCUUCCUCUUCCUCCGGUGACAUUUCCACUUCUUCCGUGCGAUUCCCCGUUCUCAACUCUGUCUCUUCCAGUACCACUGUUGGGGUGAACACCACUGAAGAGCGACAUGCUGCUAGUGACUACUCUUCUCGGUCGUCUGCUCGAUCCGGCCAUUCUGGUCUUUCCUCGCGAUCCCAGUCGCAGUCUUCUUUCGCGGAUGUGACUGUUGACGAUCUGCUGAGCGACAUUGGAAGCUACGAGCAUGUCACUAGUGACUACCCUGAUUACAGUGAUUUUGAGGAGCACUUUUAG